AUGGCUCGUAAGACCCUGGAUAUGGACUUGGAGGCUGAAACAGCCGAGGCGGCUUCCCUGAGACGAGCAAGCAGCGCUCCCCUGAUCCUUGGGCUCAGCGACAUGGAGCAGAUUUUUCAACCGCUCAACCUGAGGACUCGGAGGAAUAGUAACAUGAUGAUGAGCCACCAGAGCUUGGAAGAAGGGGUGGAUGAGACGAGCAGCGAUCUUGCAUAUGACAGGGAACUUCAAACAGCAAUGCAGAUAAGCCAACCAUGGGAAGAGAGCUUGAGCCUGACUGAAGCUGAUUUCAACAAGCCCCAGAAGCUGUAUUCUCCUAAGAGAAUUGAUUUCACACCCGUGUCUCCAGCACCAUCACCCACCAGAGGAUUUGGAAAGAUGUUUGUCAGCGGUGGUGGACUGUCAUCCAGCCCUACUUCCAGUCCAAGACGCUAUUCGAGGUGCAGUCAAAUCCCCGGAAAGUGCAUUAAGCCCAGUGCCAUUGGUCCUCUUAAGAGAAAAGGUGAGAUGGAGACAGAAAGCCAGCCCAAGAGACUCUUCCAGGGUGCGACCAACGAGCCGCCUGCCGAGGCCACCCAUGUGACUGACCUCACUUCUGGUUCAGAUAUUUUGGAUGACACUAGUAGCAGCAGUGGCUUGUCCUCAGAAUCCCAGGCUAAAGGCAGCGCUCCUGCAGAGGCUCCCGGAGCGUGCUCCAAACCAGGCGCCUCCUUCAUCUUGAUGGAUGAUCUGUCACGCAAGUGA